AUGAAUCAAAAGCUCUGUAUUAUUCUGACUCGGUUGCUGACAGUGGCAGCCUUUGCCGCAUCCAUCUUUGCCUGCUUCUUUCCCCUUCACACAAUCACCGUUAAUGAACAUCCCUGGGUAUCCCAUUUGUUCGAUAUCAGCUGUGAGGAGCUUACUAGAGAGAAUAGGGAAUAUUGUGAAACAUCCUACAACACUCGCCAUUACACACUGUGGCGCUCCACUGGCAAUUUCUUUUCCAUCCAAGACUGGGAUGGUGGCGUUCUCUGUGGAUCCAGAGAAAAUUUUGAGAUGCCAUCUGAGACCAACCCUGACAUUGCAGUUCUUACUGUGGAAAACCUAGGAAAAUGCAGCAAUGUUGCUGCCUUUGUUGCCAUGACAUUCACCAUUCUAACAUGCAGUUUUGCUGCGUUUGUUGCCAUUUACAUCACUGUGCUGGUACAUGAUCAUGAUUUCAUUCUGCAAAUGCUACUGGCAUUCACGACAGCCUACUCAGCAAUAGCAAUUGCUGUGUACUGCUUGGAGAUAAAUCCACUCCGGCUAAAGACAACUUUCUGUGACAGUCAAACACUCUUUGAACACUGUGAACAAAAGAUGGGAGUGGGCUUCUGGUUUCAAGUGGGGACUAUUUCAUUGUCAUUUGUGGCCCUUGUUUUGACGUUCGCAAGGGGUUCCUCCAAAUCAAUACAACUAGAGGAGAAAGCACCAGAACCUGGAGCUCAUCACAGUGUUCCCUUCUACAAAUCCCUACACUUUUAUGUCCAUCUGGUGCGGUUUUCAGAACUGGCGAUUUUGAUCAUUGGUUUGGUUUCAACCUGGACCAUUGUCCGAACAACCCUACCGGAGACAACGAACACUACAACAAGCAAUGAUAAUCUGCUCAGCCAUGCAUUUGCUGGCAAGGGAGGGCAGAUGGAAACAGAGAUCAACUUGUGGCAGGGGCUCUUCUGCCAUCCCUUUGGGGCAAGACUGUUUCUGUGGUCAGUGGUCUUGGAUCACCAUGAAGAUUCAGAGCUGGAAACCUUUGGCCAUUGUGAAUCCAAAGAUAUUUUUCAUGUUCAACUUGGAAUGAUCAUGGCAACAGUGUCUGCCAUCACUGCCAUGACCUUCCAAAAAGAUGCCAAAAGUAUGCCACUGGCCUACCUUGUUGGAUUCAUCAUGCAUUUCAUGUCAAUGGUCAAGCUCAUAUGGGCCAUUACAGAGUUCAUGUUGGGUGUUUACCCAGGAAGAAGCAAUAUUGAUCCAUCUUACUGCUCUCGGUGGACUUCCUUUGUUCCCACAGGGGGAACUUGUGACAUUGACAUUGGGCCAGGCUUGUGGUUAGCCGGUGGGGCCCUGGCUGCUGUGGCGAUAAGUUUUCUUGGCGAAGUCACCCUGCAAAGGAACACUGAAUACAGUGUAGUAACGGCAUUCUGGACCUUGAUUGGACGUGUCCGACAAGGGAGAAUCGCUGAUUUGGCCAAUAGUGCAAGUGAGCAUUCCCUUGACGUUGAUGGUACCGUUGCACGAUGA